UCAACGCCGUCAACGUAGUUAGUACUCGUCACCACUUAUUAUUCUACAUACACUACAAUUGCUUUUGUUAUUACUAUGUAUGUACCUAGUUACUAGGUGCAUUCCAUGACAGUACGUAUAUGUUGCGUAUGUAGUGAGGAGGGUCCAUCUACUCAAGUGGUCACUUGAAUGAGCCGACGAGUUGGCGGAGCAGGAGUGGGAGGGAGGUCCAUGAGGUCCAUGCUGGCUUAGGAUCUAAGCAGCACUGACAACAACAGCAACGACAAUACUAGCCAUGAGUGCGACUUCGUCGGAUCCAUCCUAAUCAGAUGCAUCCUAAACAUUGAUCGCGUCCAACCCCAGGCGGAUGCUCAGCCUUCAGAGGCUAAAAUGCAGGGGUCCCGACCAUGUUCCAGUUGUGUGCCCGCGUGCCAUUUCAAUGGAUGAUGAAUGGAUGGAUGGAUGAACCGUGCCACGAUCGGGCGCGCCUCAGGAUUUCCUCCUACAUAAAGGAUCGAUCUAUGUAGCCUCUUCCCGCGGAGGUCACUCGUCUCCUCUCCUCGUUGCCGCUCUCUUAUAUCCCCCUAUCCACUUGUCCUUGACUUCGCCUGUCAUGACCAUCGGGGCCCUGCCCAGCGGGGGCGUUCUGUUUCUCCGGCGAUGGGCUGGUCGAGGAUCCCAUGGGCCCAGCCUGAUUCCCAGAAUGGGUUCUACGAGCGCUGGGUAUUACUCGACCGUGCCGCCUGCCGCCGAUCGCCCCUCCCUUGGCGUAGACCGUGAUCUUUCGCUUUCACCCCGUGCAGCUCAAUUACGCCGGGCCGUGGAGGCUCUUAACCCGGCUGAUCAACGUCUUUUGGUGCGACAUCUCCAAAAGAACUUUCUAGCUGACCCAGCCCCGUCUACUGCUUCUGCUUCUGCCUCGUUCUCAUCCCCCGUGUUGCCUUUGGAUGUACCCGAUGUGCCCGAUGUGCCCGAUGUACCCGAUGUACCCGAUGAGCCCGCCGUCCCUCCAUUCCGAACCAUUCUCGUGUAUUCCGUCCAUCAAGCGCUCCCGUUCGUGGGAUUCGGCUUCCUCGAUAAUCUCAUCAUGAUUCUGGCCGGGGAAUAUAUCGAUCAUACGCUAGGCGUGACGCUUAGUAUCAGUACGAUGGCCGCGGCCGGCUUGGGCAAUGCCAUUUCUGACGCCUUUGGUGUGGGCUCGGCCUGGUACGUGGAACAUUGGAUCGCCCGAUUCGGCUUCUAUCACCCGCAUCUUUCACUCGAAGAGCGCGCUCUCACUCGCGUUCGCAUGGGUGCCAACCUCGGCAAGGCUUUGGGCGUGACGGUCGGGUGCUUGAUUGGCAUGCUACCACUCGCUUUCAUGUGAUUUCCCCGCCCUGGCUCCUUGGCCACCCCAGUUAGCCCCGAGUCAGUCCCGCCCACCGAGACCAAAUUAUCUAGUCAACCCUGAAUUCGCGAUAUCAUCCGUUAUCGGACCAUGGCGAUUGCAAACCUGCUUCAACCAAUAAAGAACCCUCAAUGGAGAAAUAUACGGUAAACCUGCGUAGUGAAUGUAUGACCCUAAUUGGUUUUCCGUUUGCUUUCAG